AAGCUGUUUUCUUGCGUUGAUUUGCUGCGGGCCUCUUGCUUGCUGGCCUGGCUUGCGGAUCGACGACGAAGUUCAUUGUGUGUGCGAAUCGCGGGUCGUAAACUUGUGCAAUUUCCUCGCUGUCUGUGUCCGUCCCGUGUCGCGAUCGUGUUGUGUCUCGGUCUGGCCCGUUCGGAUAAUGGUUUUCUCUAACGUCGUUGUACUAUGAAGGUACCACUAAAGAAAGAAACAGCCAGCUCCUGGGAGAUUCCAGCCUCUUUGCCAAAGGAACAGAACACAAAGAAGCACUAGGGAGUAGGUACGAGUCUAGGUUGUGCGGUUCAGUCUUAAAACACAGAUCGUCGCGAACGGACAAGUGAAUUUUCGCAGCACAGUAGAAAUCGAAGGCAAGCAAAACUAGCCAAGUGUAAAAAGUGCAUUAGGGUUUAGUGCUGUGCUUUGAAUGGAAUUCAGUGUACAAAUCGGAGUGAACACAAGCGGAAAAUACACAACAACAUCAUGAGUGAAAUUUCCUGUAAGGGCAGCCCAACAUCGAGCGCUAGCGCUCGAAUAAGUUUAGUUACAGAUGAAAGUCACUUCAGUCUCGCUAGUCUCAAUUCGUCCGUCAGCCAGGAUGAGUUCUUCCGGUGCAGAGAGCACUCAGACUUGGUGCUUAAGCGAAUGCAAGAAUAUUUGCAGAACGAGAAGCUGUGCGACGUGAUCUUGAUCGCAGGAUUAGACGGUAAACGCAUUCCGGCCCACCGUUUGGUACUGUCCGCCUCAUCGGCCUACUUCGGUGCCAUGUUCACCGGUCAUCUGCGCGAAAGCCAACAAGAGGAAAUCACCCUACAGGAGGUGUCUGGCGAAGCCCUGCAGCUGCUGAUUCAGUACUGCUACACCGGAACGAUAGAGCUGCGUGAGGACAACGUCGAAACGCUCCUGGCAACGGCCUGCCUCCUGCAGUUGAGCACGAUCGUGAAUGCGUGCUGCACAUUUCUUGCCCGUCAACUUCAUCCGUCCAAUUGCUUGGGUUUCUCACUGUUCGCCGAACAGCAAGGAUGCACGGCCCUGCUGAAGGAUGCCUCCGCCUACACCUGCCAGCACUUUAUGCAAGUCUGGAAGAAUCAGGAAUUUUUCCAGCUGGAUUCCGUGCAGCUUGCUAACUUGCUACAAAGUGAUGAUUUGAACGUUCCUAACGAGCAGGAAGUGUUCCAUGCCCUGAUGGCCUGGAUACAGUUUGACGCCGAAAACCGAAAGACAUAUAUUCCCGAACUGUUGGCCUUGAUCCGAUUGCCUUUGCUGCAACCUUCGUUUAUUGUCGACCAUGUGGAGGCUCUGUGCGGGGCUAACGCGUGCCAGCAACUGGUGAUGGAAGCGUUCAAGUGGCAUUUGAUCCCCGGCAGAAGAUCGCAGAUAUCGACACAACGAACCCGACCAAGGAAGUCUACUAUCGGCAAACUGUUGGCCGUCGGCGGAAUGGAUGGACAUAAGGGAGCUAUUAGUAUAGAAAGUUACGAACCUCGGCUGAACAAGUGGACACUGCUGAAGAAUAUGCCGGCCCGAAGGCUUCAGUUUGGAGUAGCUGUAAUGGAUGAUAAGCUGAUAAUCGUUGGUGGAAGGGACGGCUUAAAAACGCUGAACACCGUGGAGUGCUUCGAUUUGACCACUAUGACUUGGGGUUCGAUAGUACCACCGAUGGGAACGCCUAGACACGGUUUGGGAGUAGCCUUCCUGGAAGGCCCUUUGUACGCAGUGGGUGGUCACGAUGGAUGGAGCUAUCUGGCGACGGUGGAACGAUGGGAUCCGGCUGCUCGAACCUGGAGUUACGUGGCACCGAUGGCAUCCAUGAGAUCGACUGCCGGCGUUGCGGUGCUUGGUGGACGAUUGUUUGUUAUCGGCGGAAGAGAUGGCAGCGUUUGUCACCGAACUGUGGAAUGCUACGAUCCUCAUACGAACAAGUGGACGCUGCGUGCACCAAUGAAUAAGCGACGAGGCGGAGUAGGGGUAGGUGUCUUGAAUGGUUUUCUGUAUGCCCUGGGCGGUCAUGAUUGUCCGGCAAGCAAUCCGGCCGUGUGUAGAACGGAAACCGUAGAACGGUAUGAUCCUACAACGGAUACGUGGACUUUGAUUGCCUCACUCAGCGUCGGACGGGACGCGAUCGGCGUGAGUGUUCUCGGUGAUUGGCUGAUUGCGGUCGGUGGCUACGAUGGCAACCAAUAUCUGAAAACGGUCGAACAGUACGAUACGGAGAGCAAUGAGUGGCAGCAAAUCGCACCGGUCAAUUAUAGCCGCGCAGGAGCCUGCGUGGUCGCCAUUCCGAAUAAUUUCUCCUCCGCUAGCGCCGGCGGAGCAGUCGGUGGCGGUGUCCCAUCGUCGUCGAUGGGUGCACUAGCCGCAGUGUCGUCUUCCUCCGCGUCGACAAACACCACGAACAGAGGAGCAAAUCCCGCUCGCAGCGGUAACUAUUACUAUAGGCGACAGUUUAGGAUAUAUGACUAUUACGUUUAGAAGGGAAACGCAGGCUGCCGUUUCCGGUGGAAAUAAGUAACGAGGUUUUUUUUUUGUUUGUUUGCUCGAGUUGCAGUUGGCCCCCAUCCAAUAGAAAAACCAGUAUUGAUGAGACGACUUUUUCCCUGUGAUCAUUUCCUUUAUCUUUAACACGAAUAUUUACUGUACACGCGAUUUUAAACCUAAAACGUAGCGAACCGCUUUACUACUGCAUUAGGUUCUUGCUGUUGAGAUUAAUAUUGUCCAGUGAACGCAUGUGAUUCCAGAUGGUUAAGUUGUAGGCCUACCUCUAGUUCCAAAGAUUUGCUGCCAAAAGCCACACGCGGUAGUAAAGGAGGGCGCAGCGUACGAUGCAAAUUUAGAUUAUCUGUGAUCGGCAUAAGGGGAAUGUAUGUUUAUUUUUUUUUGUUCAUUCAAUGAAUACAAUUUAUACGCCCUGUAUUAAAAAAAAUUCUAGCGACUGAUUUAACUGAAUACUUUUAAAAAGACUUGGUUUAGUUCUUCGUUUGAACCUAGUCGAAGACAGCAUAUCUAGUUCGAGCAAUCAGCCCAACUUAAAGAUAUGACCGUCUUCAGACUAGUUUGAUGGGUGUAAGACGGUUUAGGAGUGACUAGGAAUGAUAAGACAACAAACUGCUAAAAUGGUACUAGAAGAUGACUUCGAAACACAAUGAACUUUGAAUCGUGUUUAUUAGCACUGAGAGGAAGAAACAGCCUCUGCAACUGAAGAUCCUAAACAGCUAUAUUUCAUAAUAAAAGCUAUCAAAAGAAUAAUUUCUUUUGAUACUAUUUAUAGCUAAUUAUAUACUGACGAUCAAUUAUUAA